CGCCUCGUCCUUCCUCUCUCUCUCUCUCUCUCUCUCUCUCUCUCUCUCUCUCUCUCUCCUCACCGCGAAGAGAAGAGAGCCGUUGGAGAAACCCUAGUUUCCGACCCCAAACCGUAGAGAUCCGUUCGAGAUCUCGGUGGGGAUCCUCUCUCUCUCUCUCCGAUCCUUCGAAUUGGUAUGCUUCACAGCGCGGAGGGUUCGAGAAGAUCUCGAAGUGGCAUUGGAUUGCUUCUUGUUGUUGACCAAUUCAUGGACUAGUUUGGAUCUCGGAACGUGUGAUUUGGUGCAUUGCGAAUGAUGUGGAUUUUGGAGUUCUAGGGUUUUAGGAUUUUUGUUUUCUUUUGGAAUGACCAAAAGAUUUGACUCUCUUUGCUGAUGUGUGGAUAUGAUUGGAUUAUUCUUCGCGAUGCAGUUGGCAUCUCAUGGCAGUACAGCGGAAGAAGCAUUAGAGACUGAGCCUAUCCUAUCAGAUAACACCAGAACUUCCAAUGAUUCGCCACCUUCGUCUGAAAUUAGACCUGCAAGUGCAGAUGAUAUUGAAAACCUUGAUGCUGAUGAAGAGACUUGUCUUGUGAACCAAGACUUCCCACAGUGCCGAAUUUGCCUUGAUACAGGAGGUGAUGAUUUAAUUGCCCCCUGCCACUGUAGGGGUACGCAAAAGUAUGUACAUCGAUCUUGUCUUGACAAUUGGCGAUCAACAAAGGAAGGCUUUGCAUUUGCACAUUGUACUGAGUGCAGGGCUGUUUUCUUACUGCGUGCAAAUGUGCCGCCGGAUCGUUGGUGGUUAAGAUUGAAGUUUCAGCUGCUUGUUGUUAGAGACCAUGCACUCAUAUUUUUCAUUGUGCAGCUGGUCGUCGUUCUAUUGGGUAUGCUGGUUUACAAGUUUUAUGGUGAGGAAUUGCGGGAAAUGUUUGGUUAUGAAGAACAUCCAUAUGCAUUUUAUGCCAUGGCCAUACUAGCUGUUAUUCUGGUUGGCUUGCUCUAUGGAUUCUUCAUAGCCAUAAUAUGCGGACAGAGGAUUAAUGAACGCCAUUACCAUGUUCUAGCAAAGCAAGAGCUUACAAAGGAAUAUGUGGUGGAAGAUCGAGAUGGGAAUAAGAAUGUGCCGGAGCUCGACCAAAGUCACGUCAUGGAGUUGAGAAUGAUGGGACUAUAUUGAGCUAGGAAUGCACGUAUCCCACGUAUCAAGUCGCUGCUUGGACUUUUCCCUCAUGGAGCGGCUUCGCUGAUCUGGUAAAAGAUUAACAGCACAUGCUAGAUCAUCGAAUUAGAGAGAACACUAUUCAAAACCACUGCUUUAGGGGGUUUAAAAAAAAAAGUCGAGCCAAUGCAACUGCAUAUUCCUCUCAGAAACACGUGUUCUUAACUUAAUUUCAGUCAUGUACACAAAUUUUUCGUUGUAUGUAUACUAGCCGGGUUACUCUGAUCCUUUCCUUUUUUCAAUCCCACGAGUUGUGGUGUUAACUCUGAAUCAUUUGAAAACGAAGAAAAGAUGAGGAUGGAAAAGGAGAACAUGAAUAUGAAAACUGUUUCAUAUAAUUCAUUCAUUUGCUGUGUUGUAGUA